AUGGAGCCCGCGAAAGUAGAGCCGGAGGACUCGCCAGCCAGCACUCGCGAGAUUGGAUCUUUGACCCAACCUACACCACAUGAAAGUCGUUUCAUAGGCUCGAGUAGUGGUGUUUACUUCGUCAACACCGUAAAGCAGGCCUUUGCUGUCUCCGGAUACCAUCAUCUCCCGGCUGCAGAAGAUACCGUAGGUGGAGACGACGACUUUUCAUCAUCCCAACGGAAUUCACCCGAGCGCGGCCAAGAAUUUGUAUUGAGUAUUGGCCAGCAGAGCGAUGUCGAGAUUCAAAACGCCUUUGGCCUGGGAUCCCUUCCAACCUACGAAGUAGCACAGUCUCUUGCCGUCGAGUACUUUCGACAAUGGCAUCCAAUCAUGCCGUUCUUAUCUGGCCCGGACUUUCUCCAAGAUCUCGAAACUCUAUACAAAGACUCCCAAAUACUUGGCAGCUCGGGCAGGCUUCUUGUGGAUCGGAAACGAGCUUCUCAACUUUUGAUCUUGCAAUGUGUUUUGAGUAUGGGUGCCUCCUCUUCGGACAUGCGCAAUUCUCAUGCUAGAUCCCUCUCCAGAUCGAGCCUUCUUUCUCUAGUUGCAACCCUAGCUUGUAGGAAUGAUAUACUAGCGAYGCAAACCGCGCUUGCUGCGCAGCUGUAUUGUGUCUCCACCAUGGCCCUUCGCACAGCGUCGACAAUCGGCGGCAUCCUAGCAAAGCUUUUGUAUCACGCUGGUCUCCACCGCUGCCCAUAUCGAUACCCUCAAUUGUCGGACGAGGAUCGGGAGCUUCGGAAGAGAAUAUUCUGGAGUGCUUAUGUGUUGGAUCGAUACCUUUCCCAGAGUCUGGGGAUACCGGUAUCGCUGCCGGAUCCUGAAAUCGACGUCUGCGUAGCUGGCAGGACGGAGAUGCACGAGCCCGCUCGACGGGACGCGCAUGGUAUGCCAAGACCCGGCGGGUCAGAAAUGGUUGAAACACCCGGUAGUGAGCCACAGUGUCACAUCGAUGACCAACAAACACCCAGCUCUCAUACUGCCAGUCCCAGUGUUGCCGAGAACUCAAGCCGGCUGAUCGUACUUGCAAACCUCGUCGAGCACGGCCGGCUAGUAGGACGUUCGCUCGACAUCUUCCACGUUUCAAUCCACUCACGACAUCACGAUCCGCGCCGAAUCCUUUUCCUCCGUUCAGACGUAGACAAGUGGUUCAAUGGCCUGCCGGAGGAGCCCACACCGGAUCAAGCAGGAGAUUCACAGGUCUCCCGCUUCCUACCAUUCCUGCAUGUACUUUACGAACAACUCAUCAUCUCAAUUAAUCGGCCAUCCCUUUCCCUCUCAAGAUCAGCGCCUGAGUUUCACCACGGACUACAAGUCACUAUUCGGGCCGCAAAGCGAACUAUCAUUGCAUUGGAAAGACAGCAACAUCUGUUUUGGCCUGGAUAUCUCGCCUCUGUGUGGAUGUCAGGUCUCAUAAUCUCCUUUGCCUGUCAAGUUGGGCUUUACUCUAUUGAUCAGGGCUCUCAAGAGAUCGUUCGCUGCCUGGAACUGCUCUGUAGACUAGGCGAGCGCUGGAGUAGUGCGCAACGCUGCCACGCCGCGCUAUCUAAUCUUCUAUCCGACUUACAAAGGACGAGGCGAAGGCCAAGAGGCGAUAGCAAUGUGGAUGACAACUCUAUGGCUCACGGCUCAAAACGUAGACGUUUCGGUGAUCCGGAUGGCUCGUCCCCGUUGGCCCACGYCCCGAAUCCUGGACCUAUAGCACCAUCAUCGGAACCGAGUGCGUCUGCAGUAUUUGCAGGUCCCGAGAUGCAAUCUUCACACAUGACCACAAACUUCGAGUGGGACGUAGACGACUUCUUCAAAGACCUUUCAUGGGAGAAUCUCUUCGAUGUUGGUGGCAUGCAGUUCGCGGGGUGA